ACCUCAGCAGCACGUCGCCGACGCGACAAGCCGAAUCGUGGAAUUCUGCGCUGGAAGCUGCGAGAAUCGCUUCAAAAAAUCGGAACUGUGGUAAUCCUUCUUGCCGGCAGACACAAAGGCAAACGGGCUGUCCUGAUUGGCAGGCACAGGUUUUCGGGUCUCCUCCUCGUAACCGGGCCGUACAAGGCCAAUGGGAUACCAGUUCGGCGAGUCCAUCCAGACUACGUCAUUGCAACGAAAACUUCAAUCAAGCUGAAAUGCUUCAAACUACCAAAGAGAAUGCAAACAAAGACUUACUUCGCGCGCUCAAAGCCACAGAAGUCCAAGAAAGACGCCGACAGCCUGUUUGUGCAGGCUGAUGAAAAGGCUUACAAGUUGAAGGACGAGCGGAAAAUUGAUCAACGCCUUGUUGACAAGCAGGUAAUUGAGGCCAUCAAGAGGACAAAGAACGCCAAGAUUCUGCUAGCCUACCUGAGAUCGCAGUUCAGCCUCAGUCGCCACGACUAUCCGCACAAAAUGGUGUUUUAA